AUGUCGUCCGUCAAGAAGUCGGGUUCGCCCGUCGCGGUCCCUGAAGAUGCAACUCCAGUGCCACCUCAGAAACCUCCCAUGUCUGUUUCGCCACCUCGCAUUCUCGUCAUCGGAGCUGGCUCUCGCGGACAAGCAUAUGCUCAUGCUAACGAGACCUCUUGCAACGGUAUCGUGGCUGCUGUCGCUGAACCCAUCACCUACAAGCGUCAAAGCUUCGGUCGAACAUUCGUUUGGGGCUCCAACACUCCCCAAGAAGGGCAACAGUUUGCCGACUGGACCGAGUUCGUAACAUACGAGACACGCCGCCGAGAGAGAGAAGCUGCUGGUGAAGAUGUACCGCCUGGCGUUGAUGCCGCCUUCAUUUGUGUUCUUGACGAAAUGCAUCGCGACGUCCUCGUCGGACUUGCUCCUCUGGGACUGCACGUCAUGUGCGAGAAACCCCUCGCCACGUCUCUUACCGAUUGUCUCGACAUGUAUCAGGCUAUGAAGCCUCCUGCUGGUCAGGAGCCCAAGAACGUCUUCUCUAUCGGCCAUGUACUUCGUUACAGCCCACACAAUAUGCUGCUUCGCAAACUCUUGCUCGAAGACCGUGUCAUUGGCGAUAUCCUCAAGAUUGUGCACACCGAGCCGGUCGGUUGGUGGCAUUUUACCCACUCGUAUGUGCGUGGCAACUGGCGGAACGAAAAGACUACGGCACCAAGUCUAUUGACAAAGAGCUGCCACGACAUUGAUCUCCUCCUUUGGCUUCUGAGCGCACCAGUAAAGGCUGGAACAGGCACUCCUCAUCUACCGUCCACUGUCUCGUCAAGUGGUUCGCUCCACCUCUUUAGGAAAGGUCGCAAGCCCGCCGCCGCUGGAAAUGCAACAAAUUGUAUGUCGUGUCCUCUAGGUGAUUCAGGCUGCAAAUUCUCGGCCAAGAAUAUCUAUCUCGGCCAGGAUCUGAAAGGUCUCGCUUCUGGCAACACCGAUUGGCCAGUCAGCAUUGUAAUGCCGGAGAUUGAAGAUUUCCCGACAUCUGAGCGAAGCAAAGUCCUGGCAUCAAAGCUUGCUGAAGAUUAUGAUGAUUCCACCCCCAAAGACGUCGUCGCUUCGCGGAACUGGUUCGGUCGUUGUGUCUUCGACGCGGACAACAAUGUCUGUGAUGACCAGACUGUCACCAUCACCUGGGACGAUGCCACGGACGGUACCCCAGAGUCAACCAAACAAUCCAAAUCAGCAACUCUGCACAUGGUCGCACAAACGAAAAAGAUUUGCGAGAGGUACACCCAUAUUUAUGGUAUUGAUGGCGAGAUCUAUGCCGACGCCCGUACAAUCACCAUAGAGGACUUCAACACGGGUGCCACCCAAUCAUUCCACCCAACCCUCGAAGACGCCGGCCACGGCGGUGGGGACAAAGGUCUCGCACGUCAAUUCAUACUGGCGGUGGACAAAGUCAAGAACCACGGCUGGACGCCGGAGAAAGCGCAGAAUGAAUUCAUCGGCUGCUCACUUGAGGAGGUAAUUCGCUCCCAUGCGAUGGUAUUCGCGGCAGAGGAAGCGCGGACAGGGAAGAAGGUGGUCGACUGGCAGAAAUGGUGGUCACAAAAGGUUGCCAACACGACAAGUGCUUAA